GCUGCCUGCGUCCUGCUGCUUCGUAAUCCUAGUGGAGGCCACUGCCUGGGCACUGAUGAGGAGGAGCAGGGCCAGCAUAGACGACCUCAUGGGCUCACCACCGGGCACUGUCAACAAACCACAGCAGGUAUGUGCAAACGCCACAUCAGCGAGGACCAAAUGCUCGAAAAGACAGCUGACGUUGUGGAACUGAGCAGGAAUGGUAGAGGAACCCGGAGAACCUGGACGAAACCACAGGCGCAGAGAGAAAUGUAAAUUCCACAGAGGCCCCCUAUCGCCCACAAGACCUUCUUGCUGUGAUUUUGAAGCAUGAAACCCAGCCCAAUCCUAGGUCUCAUCCUGUGGUCGUCAGGUCUUUACGCUGAGCCCCCUCCCUUUCCUCCCGGCCCGUACCUGCAGUUGUCCAGGCUGCAGGGCCCCGACUCACUGAAAGGUGCAGGCCUCCUCUCCCUGCAGAAUGACUGUUGCCACGGGCGACCCCUCGGACGAGGCGGCCGCUCAUCCGGGACACCCCCAGGACUAUGACCCUGAGGCAGACCAUGAGUGCUGUGAAAGAGUGGUCAUCAACAUCUCAGGGCUGCGCUUUGAGACACAACUUAAAACCCUUUCACAGUUCCCUGAGACCCUGCUAGGAGACCCCAAAAAAAGAAUGCGCUACUUUGAUCCUCUGAGGAAUGAGUACUUUUUUGACAGGAAUAGACCCAGCUUUGACGCCAUAUUGUAUUACUACCAGUCUGGAGGACGGCUACGUCGCCCUGUCAAUGUCACCCUUGAUAUUUUUUCGGAGGAGAUUCGUUUUUAUGAGCUGGGCGAGGAGGCCAUAGAAAUGUUCAGAGAAGAUGAGGGAUUCAUCAAAGAGGAGGAGCGACCUCUUCCUGAUAAUGAAUUUCAGAGACAACUGUGGCUACUGUUUGAGUACCCAGAGAGCUCAGGUCCUGCCAGGAUAAUUGCCAUAAUCUCUGUCAUGGUCAUUCUAAUAUCAAUUGUCAGUUUCUGUUUGGAAACCCUUCCAAAUUUCCGGAAUGAUGAAGAUGAAAUGCACAAAACUCACUCUGAAGUUUUUUCACCUGAGACCAACACAACAAUAAUCAGCUACACAUCAACCUACUUCACAGACCCAUUUUUUGUUUUAGAAACUCUUUGUAUUAUAUGGUUUUCAUUUGAGUUUUUAGUACGCUUUUUUGCUUGCCCCAGCAAAGCAGGCUUUUUUGGAAACAUAAUGAACAUUAUUGAUAUUGUUGCUAUCAUCCCUUACUUCAUCACUCUCGGCACAGAGUUAGCAGACAGGCCAGAGGAUGGCCAGCCAGGUCAGCAAGCCAUGUCUUUAGCCAUUCUCAGGGUCAUUCGUUUGGUGCGAGUCUUCAGAAUUUUUAAACUUUCACGCCAUUCCAAGGGGCUUCAAAUCCUGGGCCAGACCCUCAAAGCCAGUAUGAGAGAAUUGGGCCUCCUCAUUUUCUUCCUCUUUAUUGGGGUUAUCCUGUUCUCUAGUGCGGUGUAUUUUGCAGAGGCAGAUGAGCCAGAAUCGCAAUUUGAAAGCAUCCCAGAUGCAUUUUGGUGGGCUGUAGUGUCCAUGACAACAGUUGGUUAUGGUGAUAUGGUCCCUACUACAAUCGGUGGCAAGAUUGUGGGCUCCCUCUGUGCUAUUGCAGGUGUGCUGACCAUUGCCUUGCCCGUACCUGUCAUUGUGUCCAAUUUUAAUUACUUCUAUCAUCGUGAGACAGAAGGAGAGGAACAAGCCCAGUUCCUACAAGUGAAUGUGCCCAAGACAGACUCCAUCGAGGAGCUAAAGAAGAGUCGCAGUGGGUCUACCAUCAGUAAGUCUGACUACAUGGAAAUCCAGGAGGCUGUCAACAACAGUAAUGAGGACUUUCAGGAGGAGAACCUCAAGACAGCCAACUGCACACUGGCCAAUACAAACUAUGUUAACAUCACCAAAAUGCUCACAGAUGUGUAGUUUAUUUCCUUACAAAGAUGGAAAACCUGAAGUAAAGCAACUGGAAAGAAGCUUUGGGAGCCCCCUGCCUCAUGCUUGAAGUAUUCAAGGCAAUAGAAGAUGCUGGAAGAUGUUGUGGUUGAUAGCGAUAAAACAUUAUAAAGACCAUGUGCACAUUAUGUUCAUCCACUAUACUCUCACAAACUCCCCACAGGAGGAGUUUUGAAUAUUACAUUUUGCAUGGUGUUGGCUUGUAUUUGUUUGCUUCACAAUAGGACAAAAAUGUGCACAAAAACAUAGUUCAUCAAAAAUAAUAGUUAGGUAUAAUCACUGAAAAUGAUAUAUAUGUCAAACAUCUUUGUGUCACCAAGUCACUUUUCCCAAGACACACGAGUAGCUAUUAGCGCUUUCUGAAGAGCACUUUGUCUGUACAACUACAUGCAGCUUCCUGGAGCCAAUAAAACCAAACUUUCUUAUGCGACACCAUCUCCAAAUAAAAGGACAACUGAGCAUAAAGCAAGCCUACUCACUGCAUUGCUUGCAUGGCCCAUGGGUGACUUGUUACGAGGUUGGUGGUUAAGUACACCAUCUUAAUCGAGGAUGAAUGACAGCCAUCAGCUUUGAGCUUGUGGUUCGACACCUUUUUACCAGUAGACAUCAGUAUCUGAUGAAUGACUAAGGAUGGCCUUGACUGUACUCUUGUUUUUGUCAGACAUGUACUGUAUGUAUUGCAGUGCAAGCUUCCCCUUCAUUCACCAAAACUGGUCUUAUUGCAGAGCUUUGAGGACAGCUUGAAUGUUUCUUACUGUUGUUGUUGUUUUUGUUUUUUUCACGGUAAAUCAUGCAAUGGUAUUUACUCCUAGAAAUAGGUGGGUGACAUACAGUAACUGUGACUCAACUAAUAGUCAAUAUGUAGAUAACUGCUGUUAAUAGUAAACACUAGUCAGUUAUAGAAAUUGCAUGAUGUUUUUAUCUGGGACUUUCCACCAGUCUCAACUGCCACUAGCUUCAUCACACCUGUGUACAUAUG